CUCUCACUCACUGCUUCCCCUCUGCUUCUUCUUCUCCGCCUUUCUUCUGCUUCCAUCUCCCGUUUCCUCAUUCGCGCUCUCUCGCUACCGUCUCCUUCUUUCUCCUUCCUUCGUAAGUCCGUAGAAGAUGGCAGAUUCCGAGGAUAUCCAGCCCCUCGUCUGCGAUAAUGGAACCGGAAUGGUUAAGGCUGGAUUCGCUGGAGAUGAUGCCCCACGUGCAGUGUUCCCCAGUAUUGUUGGUCGUCCACGCCACACUGGUGUGAUGGUUGGCAUGGGUCAGAAGGAUGCUUACGUGGGUGAUGAAGCCCAGUCAAAGAGAGGUAUUUUGACUUUGAAAUACCCAAUUGAGCACGGUAUUGUGAGCAAUUGGGAUGACAUGGAAAAGAUUUGGCAUCACACCUUCUACAACGAGCUCCGUGUUGCCCCUGAAGAGCACCCAGUUCUUCUCACCGAGGCUCCCCUGAAUCCCAAGGCCAAUCGUGAGAAGAUGACCCAGAUCAUGUUUGAGACCUUCAACACCCCUGCCAUGUAUGUCGCCAUUCAGGCCGUGCUUUCCCUAUAUGCCAGUGGCCGUACAACUGGUAAGAAGUGUGUUUGUCUGUGGUUCUAUGUAGGUAUUGUGCUAGAUUCUGGUGAUGGUGUCAGCCACACAGUCCCAAUCUACGAGGGUUAUGCCCUUCCCCACGCCAUCCUUCGUCUCGACCUUGCUGGCCGUGAUCUCACUGAUGCCCUGAUGAAGAUCCUAACCGAGCGUGGCUAUUCCUUCACCACUACAGCAGAACGGGAAAUAGUAAGGGACAUGAAGGAGAAAUUAGCAUACAUAGCUCUUGACUAUGAGCAGGAAAUGGAGACCUCCAAAACCAGCUCAUCUGUUGAGAAGAGCUAUGAGUUGCCAGAUGGACAGGUUAUCACCAUCGGUGCUGAGCGCUUCAGGUGCCCUGAAGUCCUCUUCCAACCAUCCAUGAUAGGAAUGGAAGCUGCAGGGAUCCAUGAGACCACCUACAACUCCAUCAUGAAGUGCGAUGUGGACAUUAGGAAGGACUUGUAUGGAAACAUUGUGCUCAGUGGUGGGUCCACUAUGUUCCCUGGUAUUGCUGACAGAAUGAGCAAGGAAAUCUCUGCACUUGCACCAAGCAGCAUGAAGAUCAAGGUGGUUGCACCGCCGGAAAGGAAGUACAGUGUCUGGAUUGGUGGUUCCAUCUUGGCUUCCCUCAGCACCUUUCAGCAGAUGUGGAUUGCCAAGGCAGAGUACGACGAGUCUGGACCAUCAAUUGUCCACAGGAAGUGCUUCUAAGCCGUCUUCAGUUUCAAAAAGGGGAAAACCAGCCUAUGGAAGAACAAAGGAAGUACACCACCUGUUCUGCAAUAUUUCCAAGAGAGGACGAUAUUGCAACCCUUCCCCUCCUGUUCUUGCUUUGUUAUCCUUCUUCUUCUAUGUUUAUUCUCAGGUGUUUGGAGUGAUGAUUUUGAGAAAGAGGUCACAAGUCGAGAUAGCAACAAAAAAAAAAAAAAGAGGUCCCAAUUGCUUUUUGUUUUACUAUGUUAAGAAGCUUUUUUUCUGACUGUUAGAAUGCAAGUUUCUCCCUUUUUGCGCUUGUAAAACCUAUUCUGUUUAUUCUCUUUUAUCCCCCCACUCGAAGGUCUUCUGAUUAAUUUGUGUUUGCUUUACUUAUUCACAACAUGAAAAGCAUCAAAAUUAAUUAAUGCAUAGGCCUUUACAUACCACACAAAACGGCUUUGUGUCUUUCAUGAUAAAUAUUCAUUAUUUAGAGAGAAGAAACUGAUGCUAUGGCUGGAUGUCACUGUUUACUAGUAAAGGGUGGUCGCCUUCAAUGGUGGGAAAACCCUCGUGUUCUUCAUCUUCAGCUGAUGGUUCAUCCUGCGGAAGUUCGGUAUAGGAAUGGAGCCUUAGUUUGGGAAGAUCGCAGCUUGAAUUCCACCUGGUUAUUGCCUUUAGUAGUAUCCCGGCACCUGUGGAGUCAGGACUCUGGCUCUGGCUGCCAUCAUCCGAAUCUAAAUCGUCUGCAGAAAGUUCUGCAGGAGAAUGUGCUCUUUCUUGGGAUAGAUCGUAGCUGGAAUUCCGCCAGGGUUUCCUGCUCGGGCUGCCAUCCUCUGUAUCAGAUGACGACGACGAUGAUGUUGAAGGGUGUUCAUUGUUGAAUCUUCUUCCGAAUCCUUGAAUCCCUCGCAUUAAUCUUCGUUUUCGUGUUCUUUCUUCCAUGAGAAACUCGCCGUCUUCAAUUAGCUUUAUCACCUUCAAGGACAGGUUUGCCAAGGUCAACCCCCAGUUGAAGCUGCAUGUCACCAGAAAAGAUAGAGGAAUAUGAAUCACGUUCAUCAUAAU